AUGGCGGUCAAGACUCCGAGCACCGCCACGAGGACGCGUCCCGUCCCCAAACGGUUAUCAGCCGCACUCUCGGAUGAUUCCAACAUCCAAGUGAUCGUGAGGGUGCGGCCGCCUGCAGGCCCUGAGCUGACGGGGUACCCCGGGCCCGGGGCAAAGUGUGUGGCACAGGACGGCCCCCGGUCGCUGUUCCUCGUGAACCCAGACAGGGCGGGCGCAACGGAGCAGUUCACGUUCGACCACGUGGCAGGGGAGAGCGCGACACAGGAGGACCUGUUUGAGGUGGCAGGGAGGCCCAUAGUCGAGAACUGCCUUUCUGGAUACAACAGCACCAUGUUCGCGUAUGGCCAGGUUCGUUGCAUCUGCCGCGUAGCACGGGUGUUUCCUCGGGUACGCACUGAUGAUGUCUGCUGCUGUGUGAGACCCAUGAGGUCAUUCAGGGAGUCGCACAGCACGCUCAAGUUUGCACAGCGAGCGAAGCUGGUGUCGUUCAGGGAGUCGCACAGCACGCUCAAGUUUGCACAGCGGGCGAAGCUGGUGUAUAACAAGGCAGUGGUGAAUGAGGCGGCACACACAGCACCCAGUUUCUUAGGCACAUCUUCUUGCGUCUCUCCCACCUGCAGGUCGUUCAGGGAGUCGCACAGCACGCUCAAGUUUGCACAGCGGGCGAAGCUGGUGUAUAACAAGGCAGUGGUGAAUGAGGCGGCACACACAGCACCCAGUUUCUUAGGCACAUCUUCUUGCGUCUCUCCCACCUGCAGGUCGUUCAGGGAGUCGCACAGCACGCUCAAGUUCGCACAGCGAGCGAAGCUGGUGUAUAACAAGGCAGUGGUGAAUGAGGCGGCACACACAGCACCCAGUUUCUUAGGCACAUCUUCUUGCGUCUCUCCCACCUGCAGGUCGUUCAGGGAGUCACACAGCACGCUCAAGUUCGCACAGCGGGCGAAGCUGGUGCAUAACAAGGCCGUGGUGAACGAGGCCGCAGAGGGCGAGAAGGACGCUCUCAAGAAAGAGAUCGCCAGACUCAAGAAUGCACAACAAGGCGGUGGACCGGUGGUGAAUGAGGCCACAGAGGGUAAGAAAGAUGCUCUCAAGAAGGAGCUAGCCGAACUGAAGGUGCGUUCUGAGACAACUCAGCACGACUCCACAUGUCUCAGAGGAACACCCCGCAAUCCUUCCGCUACCCCUCUCAACCCCACCAGCACUGGUGCUGUUGGUUCUAUCGCUCCUGCUGGGACUACCGCUGCUGCUGCCUGCUCCCCACUGGCAAUAGCGUUGCAGGAGAGGGCGAACUCUCCCAGGCAUGUGCAGCUGCUGGGGGAGAUUGAGCGGCUGGAGCGGACGCUGGCGGGGUGCUUGCGCAGGGAGAGGGAGCUGGAGAGGGAAGUGGGCGCUCUGAGGGGCGAGAAUGCGAAGCUGAGGAAGCAGCUCGCUGCUUCUGCUUCUUCUGCUGCUGCUGCUGCUGCUGCUGCUGCUGCUCGUGGUGGUGGGAGUGGUGCUGGGGGAGGAGGUGAGGUGAUGGGUGCUGGUGGCGAUGGUGGUGACGCUGGUGGUGCUGGUGGUGGAGAGGGAGAGGGGAUGGAGGGAAGGUUGGCGACUGUGGAGGAGGGCGAGGAGGAGGAGGAGGAGGUGGAAGAGGAGGGAAGUGGGUCGGAGGGUGAGAAGAGUGAUAUGGAGAGUCUGAAGGAUCAGGUGGCGGAGCUGUUGGUGCAGAAGGCAGCAGCGGGCGGGGGCCACGCGCAGGCGCGCAUAGAGGAGCUCACGCAGGAACUGCAGGGCGCACGGGCGGAGCUGGGUCGCUGCAGGGAGCACCUAAGGCUGUCUGAUGCUGCUAACGAGCAACUGGCGAGGCAAACGAAAGAGAUGGAGGCGGAGAUGCAGCUGCUGGCUGCUCAGAACCUCUCUCUGGGAGAGCAAAUCAGCUCUUUCAAGGCUUUCAACACCGAUACCUCCUCCUACGCGUUCCAAAGGGGCCUCACCUCACAGAAGGGAGAUCUCUCCACCGCGCCCACUCCCAUCCCGUCAGCCGCGCGUGCUGCUGCCCCCAGCACUCUCAUUCCCACGCCCCUGGUCACCACCACUCGGGGCGCUCGUGCUGCCACUCCCUCCAGCGGCGGGUUUGGAACCGGUCAGGGGGCAGGCAUCAAUAGGAACCUCGAAGAGGCGUUUUCUGGUGCCAAGGGGUUUGAGACUCCGCUUUCUACGAGAGGCAAGGAUGCUACAGCAGGAAGAGGCGGAGGAGGAGUAGUGGGAGGAGUGGGAGGUGCGGAGUGUGUGGUUGACUGUAGGUCUUCUCUCAGGCAUGUGGGCAAGGAUCAGGACCGGUUCAGGCAGCAGAGAUUGGAUCUGGACUCGGCAGUCAAAGGGAAGCUGGAGGCAGAGUGGGCUAACAGCGCGCUUAAGGCGAAUCUGAAGCUGCAGGAACAGGAAGCGAGGGAGCUUGUAGAGAGGAUGCAGUCCGAGGAGGGGCGGAGGCGUGAGGCGGAGAGGCUGGCGGAGGAGGCGGAGAGAGAGGUUCGGGAAGCGGCUGCCGCAGCUGCGGCGCUGGCUCGGGAAAAGGCUGCGGUGGACGAGCAGCUGCAGGCGAUCCAGGAACAGGUCCGGGAACUUCAGGGUCGGGAGGAGCGGAGCGAGGAGGAGAAGAGGGAUCUGGAGGAGGCGUUGAGGAGAGAGCGGGAUUUGGGGGAAGAGGCGGCACAAUUGGCAGAAGCUGAGUGGAAGAAGACUCAAGAGGCGACAGCUAGGAGGAUUGCUGCAGAGAGGAGCCUUCAGAGGACUAUGGAUGAGGCGAAGAAUCUGAGGGGAUUGUUGGAUGAUUCGGAAGAGACGAGGGCUAAGUAUGUGAGGCUGAAGCAUGAGCUAAGGGCGGCUCUGCAGAGGCUUGUGAAGGCGGCGGAACAGAAGGUGGAGGAUGAGAAGGCGUUGGAGAGGAUGAGGGAGGAGUUGGGUGCGGUGAGAGCGCAGGUGUUGAGUGCGGGGGAGAGGGCGGAAGAGGCGGAGAGGAGGGUGAGGGAGGGCAGGGUGGGAGGCGCUGGAGGUGAGGUGGGGGAAGGGGGAAUUGGGGCGGGUGUUGGGGGGGAUGAGGUGACAGGAGAGGAGGAUAAUGUGGUGGAGGAGGGGAGUGAGGUGGCAGGAGAGGAGGGUGACGUGGUGGAUGAGGGGAGUGAGGUGGCAGGAGGAGAGGUGAGGGUGAGUGAGGGGGAGGAGGUAGAGAGGGAGCAGGCACAACGGCUAGUGGAUGAGCUUAUGAGGAAGGUGGAAGAAUUGGAGGAGAAAGCACGGGAGGCGGAGAGGAGGGCGGAAGAGGAUGCGGUGAGACUGGAGGAAGCAGCGAGGAAGGUGCAGGAGGCGCAGGAAGAGGCGCGUUUGGCAGGGGAGAGAGUGAGAGAGAGGGCGGAGGAGGAGGAGAGUGUGAGAGCGAGGGCGGAGGCGCUGGAGAAUCUGAUGCAGAUUGAGGAGGCAGAAGCAGUCAGGGCGAACGCAGAGGUGAUUCUGCUGCAGGGGAUACUGGAAGAUCUGGAAGGUAUGGGUCGGUUUGGAAUGGUGAAGAUGGAAGGAGAAGGGGGGCUGGAGCAGGGGCAGUCUCGGGAAGAGCUGGAGGGGGAGUUGUUGCAGGUGCGAGAGGAGGUUGAGGGGAAAGAGGAGGAGAUUCGGAGGCAUAAGGAGGAGUUGGAGAGGAGUCGGAGGGAGUUGGAAGAGGUGACAGUGAAUCUGGGAGUGUGGGAGGACACGUGGGGAGCCUGGGAGACUCACCGGCAAGAGGUGCAAUAUCCAGGGGGAUGUUGGUAUGACAUGGGUGUGAGGUACAACUGGGGGAGGGUGGUUCUAGAGCUGGUUCAGAGAGAGCUGAGGAGGGUGCGUGAGGGGAAGGAGAGGUCGGAGGAGGAAAAGAGAGAGGCGGAAGAGGCAGUGAGGGAUUUGGUGAAGGAGAAUGGGGUGUUGAGGGGGAUGUUGGGGUUGGCGGAAGGGGAUGUGGUGGCUGUGCCGGGGAAGGGCAGGAGGGAGAGCUUUGAGCUUGCGAUUGGAGCGAUUGGAGCGAGGAUCUGGGAUGGGAGGGUGAGGGAGAGGGAGCUGGAAGGGGAGGAGGGGCGGGUGGAGAGGGAGAGGAGGGAGGUGGAGGAGAGGAGGAGGGCGGUGGAGGAGAGGAGGAGGGAGGUGGGGGAGGAGAGGAGGGGAGAUGAGGAGGUGGGUGAAGGGGAUGUGCAGGAAGAGAAGGAUCAGGAUGGGAUUCCAUCAUGCUUGGAGGGGAUCGAUGCAGAGAGGAUCGAGCAGGAGGAGGUGGAGGAAAUGGGAGAGAUCGGGGAGGUUACACCGGCGGUGAAGGCAGAGGGGGAAGGGCAGCGAGCGAAGGAGGGAAGGAGGCAGACGGAGGAUGAGAGACGGGCAGAGGAGGAGCAGCUGAGGGCCACGUGUGCUGCGCUGGAAGGGCAGGGAGCACAGAUGGAUGCUGAGCUGGCAGGGUUCAGAGCGGAGAGGGAGAAGCAGAGGAGGGAGGUGGAGCAGAUGCAGGCUGUAAGGGAGGUUCUCGAGCGAGAGAGAUGGUUGCUGGAUCAGAGGGGGGAGUGUGGGUCGGAGGAGAAUGGGGAGAAGGAGAAGGGAGAGGAGGAAGUGGGGGAGGGAGAGGGUGGGGAGGAAAUGAGGAGUGAGGAGGAGAAGGGGGAUGGGGAAGGGGCUGGGUGGGAAGAAGGUCGGGAGGAGGAUGGGAUGGGAGUGCUGAGUACGCCUGUUCGUGCUGUUGACGUGGGAACAGAUGGGGUGUCAGCAGUGAGCGUGCAGCAGCCACAUGCCACCCCGGUCCUCUUCUCGGCUUCUCGUGAACUGGGGAGAGGGAGGCAGGGUGGGAGAAUGAGCUUGCCUACACGUCUGGAUGGAAGUGUGGUGUGUGCUGCUAGCGGGUUGGAGCAUGGGAGGGAGGGAGAGGUGGGGAGUGGUGAUGAGUGGUGGAGUGGGAGGAUUGAGAGGGAGAGGGAGAGGGAGAGGGAGAUGGAGAGGAAGGAGGGCGAGGUGAAGCAGCUGGUGAAGGAGAUUGAAGCUCUUCAGAAGGAGAACCGCCUGCUUCACGCCCAGCUGUGUGCAUCGGAGCAGUCAGUGCGCGGCUCACUCGCUGCCAUGAGCACUCCAGCGCCCACGCGUGCAAGGAGAGCGGGAAGCACGCACGACGGCUCGCCUGUGGCCACGGGAAUGGGCAUGGGAGUGGAAAUGGGAAUGGGAAUGGGUGUUAUUCUUGAGGCAGAAGGGUCGGCAUCGGUGUCGGGUAUUGGAGGCAGUGGAGGAGCUGGAGAUGGGCAAGGAACACCUGAUGCAGUAGCAGCAGCAGGAGGGGCAGCAGUGGAGCUGCUUAAGGCGAAGGCAUUGAGGAGGCACCAGCAAGUGCUGCAAAAGGAUCAUGAGAUUCGCCAGCUUCGCACGCAGCAAGACCUCCUCCUUCACGAGAAAGACAAGUUUCUGGUGGAGAUACAGCAGAUUCGGUCAGAGGCAGUGCUGCAGAGGAGCAUGGCGGACAAGAGCCUGCAGAAGAACCACACGCUCACCCAGGAGAAUGCGCACCUCAAGGAACAGUUUCUUAGUGCAGCAGCAACAGCCAGCACAGCAGCAGAGAGUGCAGCAGCAGGCAGUGCAGCAGCAGGCAGUGCAGCAGUCAGAGGCAGUGCUGCAGAGAGCAUGGCGGACAAGUGCCUGGAGAGGGACCAGGCGCUCUCUCAGGAGAAUGCUCACCUCAAGCAACAACUGGAGGGCGUGCAGCAGCAGUUGGAGAAGGCAGAGGGCGAGCUUGUGGGGCUGGUGGGGCAGCACAACCCAAAACAGCGCAUUCACACGUUUUCCAAGGUCAAGGUGGAAAACAGCACUCUGAGGGCGCAGAACGAGGAGAUGGCAGCAGCAGUGAAGCGCAUGGAAGGGCGGGUGAAGCGGCUGGAGGAGGAGGUGGGGCGGCACAGGAAAAAGGCGGGGCAGGCGGAGAAGAUUGAUUUUGAUGAGGAGGCGAGGCUGCAGCAGCGACUGGAGGAGGUGGAGAGGGGCAGUGCUGACGUGGCACAGAAGCUGCUCACUGUCUGCCAAGCUGUCCUCCAGAUAACUGAGGGUGCAGCAAACGACCAUGCAGCUGGUGUGGAUGGGCAUGAUACAGAGAACGGCGGUGAGAGCAGCAGUAGCGGUGGUGGCAGCAGCAGUGUGGGAGAGGGGUCGUUAGGUGCGGAUCCGUCCGGUGCGGCCCUUGCUGCUCUGAACGCUCUCAAGUUCAGAAUCAAGGCAGCAGACGACGAGAUCAGCGACCUCAAGUUUCAACUGAGGUUUCUUGGCUUGCUGUCGAUGCACGCCCCUUUCCUCUCCCCACCUCUUCCCUCCCCGUUCUCACCUCCCCCCUGCCUUCCCCUCUCCCUUACCCUCUCUCCCCUCCUCUCUCUCCCUUUUCAAUUCUCCCCACUUCCCUCCCCUCCCUUCUCCCAUGUUGGCUCCAUCCUCUCCCAUCCUCCACAGGCGCGCAUGGCUGCAGAGAAGGCAGAUCUGUGUGAGCUUCGGGAAAAGAACGCCAUCGGUCACACGGUGCAUGUGCUCUCUCCUCCGCUUCCACCCCAGUUUUCUGCCACGCUCGACUCCAUUCCUGCGUUGGCGGAUGAAAAUGCACUGGCUACUGUUGAGGCACCUUGA